AUGCGCCUAAAAGAACCGGUGCAAGGGGUGAACGUGCCGGUGCCGACGUACUACCAGUUGCAGGCCGACGAGGAGGAGAAUGCUCCACUUCCUGGCGUAAGUCAAGGUAUCCUCGUACGUCGCGCUGAUGCCCAAUAUCCAGCUCGUGGUGAUGAGGCCGACCUUCUGAAGAUCAGAACCGCAGGGCUGAAGGCGAUUCCAAAAUCGCGGGCGCUACGACGACUCGCUCUUUUCUCCCCGUGCCAGAUGAAGCAGGAGCACGAGCCGUGUGGCUGCUCCCACUUCGUGCACCCACUGAAGAUCGCGGCCGUCGGGAACCCGAUGGCGCGCAGCUCGACGCCGAAGAAAGUCGAGGUGCUGGCGAGGAAUGCGGAGAAGCGGACGUAUCUACGCGAGAUUGGCGAGCGGGUGGUGACGCUGUCAAAAGAUACCGUCUACCCGCAGUUCGGGACGCCUUGCCGAGGAUGUGGGCAUGUGUUGCUAGCCCACUCUGCUCAUCUACUGACGCAGGACGACGUGAUCAUCGCCAAGCUGCUGGCGCUGUCCGAGAUGUCGGAGAGGGUGACGAAGCGGAUGAACUGGAUGCGACUCUUGCAGUGUCGCAGCUGGGUGAAGCGAUGUGCCGACCUUCGAUUACGCUAUGGAAAAAAGGUGCCCGGGCUCGACAUGCAGACCGACUACUCCUCAACAGCCUCCCGCAUCGCCGCCUGCGAGUUUGUGCUUGAGCGUCUCAAUUUCUGGAACCCGCCGCGCCCCGCUGAAUUUGCGGCCAAAAUCCACCACAAGCGCGGGAAGCGGCAGCUGGCCGCGUUGAAGGCGUUCCGCGACGUGGCGACAAAACGGACACGGGCUGAGGCGGAGAUCAUUGUUGAUCAGGAGGCGGCCGGAGAAUCUCGAGAACUCCGCGAAGCCAACGAAGCCCGCGAAGCGCUGAACCAGCUGAACCGCGCGGGCUUCGACCUGAUGCGAGCUCGGCAUUUUUGGUGGUGCCGAAUACCGUUGCUGGUUCCGGUGCUCCCGAUUUGUCAACCGGUCCGGAUUUUCGGGAAGCGUUUCGCGGUACGGGCGCUCAGCCACUUGAAGCACCACCUCAUCGCUGAAGCACUAUUAAAGCGUGGCCCCAAAUUCGCCCGCGUCGUCGCCGACGUCAUCGACCACCUCAGGAAAGAGCCCUUCCAACGCGACGAUACGCCAAUGGACCCCGAAGAUGAUCAGCCGCAGGAGGACGUCGAGUUCAAGUACACGCUCCGGGGGGCAAAGCGCCUCGAGAAGCCCCUGAAAUUCUACGGCAAAUGGCUGAAUGGGGAGAAAACGACAAUUUCCGGGGAUCUGGAGGUGAAGAAUUUGAUCACAGCGGCUUAUCAGUUUGCCCGCCAGCGAAGAAUCGAUGCCCGGAAAGUGCAGCAGAAAAAUGGCGACCCGCUGAUGAUCGACGUCGCCAGGGCGGACGACGUCUUCGAGGAGGAGCUGAAUGGGGAUCUACAAUUUCGCGUCAUCCAGAAUCGAGUCGACGUCCAGAUGCAGUCCAACAUUCUCUACUACCUAUCGCAGCUUCUCCAACUCUACAGCGUGGCCUUGCCGAAGAUGCCGAGGGAGUACAUUACGAGGCUGAUUUACGAUACUCGACAUAUGAAUAUGGUUAUCAUUAAGCCGGACCGCGGCGUCAUCGGCGGAAUCUGCUUCCGGGCCUUCGUCAAGCAGGGCUUCUCCGAGAUCGUCUUCUGCGCCGUCACCGCCGACGAGCAGGUGAAAGGCUACGGAACCCAUCUGAUGAACCACGUCAAAGAAUUCCACGCUCAAAGCCUCCAGAUUUACCACCUGAUGACCUACGCCGACAAGUUGGCCAUCGGCUAUUUCAGCAAGCAGGGUUUUACAACGGAAAUUCCGAUUCCGCAAGAGAACUACAAGGGCUUCAUCAAGGACUACGACGGCGCCACGUUGAUGGCUUGCCAUUUGCAUCCACAGAUCCCGUACACGCACUACGCCCAAUUCUGCAUGGUCGAGCGGGACCUGAUCCGCGAGGUGGCCAAGAUCGUCUACCCGAACGAGGCGGAGAAGGUGACACGUGCCGGCAUCGAGCACAAGUUCAAGGAGUACGUGAACGAGCCGGUCCCGCUCGCCGAGAUCGCCGACCUCGAGAACGAGCCCGAGGAGGAGAUUGUCCACAGGAAAGAUGCGGAAAAUAAGAUUCGAUCCAUCGUCAACAAGCUGAAAAACGAGGAGGAAUCGUGGCCAUUUUUGGAGCCUGUGGAUCCGGUGCAGGUUCCGGACUACUACUCCUUCAUUACGCAGCCGAUCGAUAUGCAAACGAUACAGGAACGGCUGAAGAAUAAGUAUUAUACUCAUGAAAUUCUCUUCCUCGCUGACCUGAGGCGGCUAUUCGACAACUGCUUCCGCUUCAACGGCAUCGACACGGAAUACUACCGGCUUGGCUACGUGCUGAAUAAAGAAGCGCUUUCCCUGGUCGAAGCCGCAUUCCCAACCUUCAAAGACUGGUUCCCGACCCUGCCGGAUACCAAGCCGACCCUACACGUCGAUACGGAUGACGGCGACAGUAGUGAAGAGGAA